ACGUCGGCGACAAACAGGCCUAAAAGCCAUAACCUCUCACGUCCCAACAUCCCAAACGGUCACCGACUUCGCAUAACCUCGCCGGCUCCGCCCGACGGCCUCCCCAGGACGCAUAUGCUUUCGACACUCCCAAAUUGGCCCCAUCACGCCCCCCGCUCGCAGCAACCUCCUCCAACAAUGAAUAGACCAGGAGCAGUACCCCAAUCCCUCCGCGGGAUGCCAGGAGGCUUUGGAGGCCAACCGCAACAACCGCAACAACCUGGCCGAGCGGUUUCGAACCGGUUACCAAACGGCAAGCUGGGCGGGAAUGGCUCUGGCUGGGCAUUUGGUGCUGGUAUCCCUAUGAGCAGCGGUGGGCUGCCAAACCCGUCACGGCAGCUAGGCGGUAACGUCAGUUUUGCGCAGAGCUUGAGCGGGUCGCAACCUGCCACGCCACUCGACCUCUCCGAGUUUCCGUCCUUGUCAGGCAACUCCCAACUGCCCAACCCAUCCCAGUCGACCAUGUGGUCAACAGGCGGGUCGAGAAACCUGGGCGGCCCCGCUGGCGUCCAGCGCAAUCAACCAACGCCUUUGUUGGCACAACAAGCCAGCCAGCAGGACGACCUUUUUACUCCGAGCUCACGUUUGCCUGCCGAUCAAGCCUCUUUUCGGUUCGGGGGCCAAGGGAACAUGGGCCAAGCAGCACAAUCCCAACCCGGAGCCGUCGAGGAGUUCCUGCCAUUGAAUCGGAAUCCAAACGGCGAGAUCGGCCGCGAGCGUGGCGGCCCCAGCCUCAUGUCUAGUCUAGGAUUUGCCGCCCAAGGAGGCGGUAGCAGCACACCAUCCUCGGCCCAACCGUCAAGCAGGGCUGGAAACGGGCUUCUAAGCGCACUCUCUGCCAACACCAGAGCGGCGGAAGCCCGCUCCCCUGUUGGAACCCGGCCAGUCGAGUCUCGGAACUUGGCUGCCGAUGAGGACUCGCGCCAAAAGACAUCUACCCCACGAGAUGGCGGAGUGACGUCGCAGAGCUCAACCAUGGAUGGCCUAGCAUACCAAUCGGACAACCGUCACCCCCUUGGGGCCAUCGGCGGCAGCGCUCCUGCUGGCAAGGCCAAGGAGGAGGAGGAGGUAGAACAGACGCCGCCGGUGCAAGAUCCGCUUGGUGGGAUGCCUGAAGCAGACAAGUGGGGCAUCAAGGGCCUUCGCUAUCUCAUGAACACCUACCCCGACUACAACGCCUUGGUGUCUGGGAUUGACUACACCAGCAUGGGCCUCGAUACGGCUCUUAGGAACUCCGAGCCGAUAUCCGAACAGGUCUACUCGGCAUUUGAUGACACGCCCCCAAGGCCGUCGAUACCGAAGUUCCGGCUACCCGACUGCUACAAGGUCACCAAUGUGCAGACCAUCGAGAAUAAGAUCCAGGGUUUCAACGAGGAGACUUUGAUGUGGAUCUUCUACUCGUCUCCAGGCGACCAGCAGCAACAACUAGCCGCCAUGGAGCUGAACAACCGCAACUGGAGGUGGCACAAGAAGCUUCAGAUAUGGCUCACAAAGGACGAGCACAUGAUGCCGCAAGUGAUUAGCCCCACCCACGAGCGCGGGUAUUAUCUUGUGUGGGACACCACCCGGUGGGCCAAGGAUAGGCGCGAGCUGUCGCUCGACUACAACGACCUGGACACGAACACCAUGGCUGUCAGCCUAGGUGCCUGAAUAUUCAUUGCCAGUAUUUCUCCAUGAACAGGCCGUGCUUGUGCUUCUCUAGGCAACGAGGGAACCACUCGGAUGCCUGAGGUAUCUAUCUCUAGGUGCCACGGCCAUCUCUCACGGGGCUAUUCUCGAACAGCGCUUGAGAUUUGGCGAGAGGCAAAACUUGGUUGGCGCAGGUAGCGGCAUGGUAAGCCCUAACUAGCUUUCGAUGCCAAAUGGUGCUUUGAGCAUGGCUUUCGAGGUCCGUUUGACUGGCCCAGAACUGGGCCAGGGACCAAAUAUACUCCGACCAUGGUAUUACUUUUACCACCGAUUUCUGCGCUGCCCAACAUAGCUAAGCAUUUUUGUGCACCGUCACGUAGUGAGUGAAGGCGUUAUGGAGCGAAGCCAGAGGUUUUGUCAGGCUGGAUCGAACUUGCAACAUGAACACAAGCCCCGCUUCCUAACGGAUACUCAGGUUGCACGACGAGCAGAUUCAGGAACCAAAUUGAACGCGGAAUACAGGAAGAGUAUGAAUGUGGUUUUACAGAAGCGCAGGAGAAAAGAAAGCUAUCGGUUAUUCUAUUGCUUUCCCUCAUCCUUGAGUGGGGUUUGUUUGUUCGUUCGAUGGUAGUGACAAGAGCGACUCACUUCAUCAGCCACUUGGCAACGCCCUAUCGGUGGGCCGGGUUAGGUGAGCUGGCUGGGGUCGAUGGUUUGGAGCACAUGCAGCAAGCGGGCAUGCAUGCACAUGGAAAUCAAUCUCCAUGCACCAACCUGAGCAAAUCCAACGACAUUUUUGACCGCUCCGCUCUCCGCGCGCCACGCCACCUCUUCGCAUCCCCACCACCGUGCCACCCAAUCAACCUACCUAGCCCCAGCCGG